UUGUCUAUUGUGUCAUAUUGGUUCACUGUAUUCACAAAUAAGUUUUAUGUUUUAAAUUAUUAACAAAAUUUAUUAAAUAGUGCUUUUUUAAAUUAAAUAAAUCUGAAGUAAUAAAUUUUGAAGAAUUUGUUAAAUUAAUUAGUAUAAUUUGUAUAGAUAUUUGUGAUAAAUUCUUGUGAAACAUAAAUAAAAUGGCUUCUAGAAAAAAAGCGUUGCUGAAAGUGAUUAUUUUGGGUGAUUCAGGUGUAGGCAAAACAUCACUUAUGAAUCAGUAUGUGAAUAAAAAAUUUUCAAAUCAAUAUAAGGCAACGAUUGGGGCUGAUUUUUUAACAAAAGAAGUGGUUGUCGAUGACCGAGUGGUUACUAUGCAGAUUUGGGACACUGCCGGACAGGAACGAUUUCAAUCAUUAGGAGUUGCAUUUUAUAGAGGAGCAGAUUGUUGUGUUAUUGUUUUUGACGUCACAGCACCGCCUUCAUUCAAAUCCUUAGAUAGUUGGCGAGAUGAAUUUUUAAUUCAAGCUUCACCCAGAGAACCAGAAAACUUUCCAUUUGUAUUGUUGGGUAACAAAGUGGAUUUAGAACCUCGUUCAAUAUCAUCAAAGCGUGCUCAACAAUGGUGUCAAACUAAAAAUAACAUUCCAUAUUUUGAAACGUCAGCAAAAGAAGCGAUUAAUGUUGAACAAGCUUUUCAAACAAUUGCACGUAAUGCAUUAAGUCAACAGGGUGAUGUUGAUCUAUACAACGAUUUCCCUGAUCAAAUUAAAUUAAAUAAUCAAUUAAGUAGUCAACGUGAUCAACGCAAUAAUGAUAAUUGUGCGUGUUAGUUUGCAAUUCAACACUAUUUAUAAUUAUUGCCAUCGAUCGAAUCGAUUUUCAUUAAAGAAAAACAUGUUUGGAAAAAAUUCAUUUUUUAAACAUAACUAUUGCUGAUUCUAGAAAAAAAAAAACAACGUAUUUUACGAUCAUUUUCGCUGUACUAUUCAAAAAAAAUUUUAAGCCAUUUUUUUAAAUUGGAUUUAGUUUAUUUUAAAUUACAUCGGUAGCUUUCUUUUUAUCUAAAAACUCCUGCUCAAAAUUGAAAAAAGACAAAAAAUUUUAAAUUCCAAUGAAAUUGUUAGUGGUACAGCGAAAAAUCGUAAAUGCCCGCGUUUAAUAAAUAUAAUCAAAAAAUUUUUUUGAACACAUAAUUCGCAUCUUUUUGUCGUUUUUUCCAGUCCUUGUUCUCUAAUCAAUAAUUUUUAAUCGCUUUAUGAAAAUAAUAAAUAAUUAGCGAC